CAGCGCAGCUAUGGCGCUGUGGUGGGGCCGAGCCCCGCAGCGCUGGGCCGCUGAACGGCGGCGGGAGCGGGAGGAGCGCACCCGGCAGCAGUGGGAGCAGGCCAGCCUCUCCUUCGCCAGAGCUGCUGUUUGCUGCUCCAGGCAGGCGAGGUGGAGCCAACCCCGCGUUCGCCCGCCCAGCCCGGCGGCGGCGCGGCGGGAGGCGGAGGAGGCGGCGGCGCGGCUGCAGCAGCGGCGGGAGCGGCUGCGGAGGCUGCUCGAUGAGGAGCGGCAGGCGCUGGCGGCGGAGCUGCGGCGGGGCCGCGGCGCUGAGGCCGGCGGGAUGCGGCAGCAGAGCGAGGAGCUGCGAGCUGGCCGGGAGGAGCGGAGGAGGAAGGUGGAGUCGGAGCUGCACGGGAAGCAUGUGAUGGAGGCGUGGGGAGAUCAGCUCAUGGAAAAAACCAAGCAAGAAGCAGCUGAACUUGAAGAGGAAAACCAUGAUGAACAUGAGCAUGAAGUUGCAGAAAGGGAAGCUCUGGAAAGAACAAGACAUGAGGAAGAGAAGCAUCAGCUGGAAGAGCAGAAACAAGCAGAGAUGUUGCUUCAGCAAGUAGAAGAGCUGAAAUUACAGGAGGCAGAGGCCACAAAGCUGAAAAAAGAACAAGAGAAUUUAUUGAAGCAGCAGUGGGAGUUGGAGAACUUGGAAGAAGAAAGGAGACAAAUGGAAGAGCACCGGAAGAAGAAAGAGCUUGGUCGGUUUUUGAAGCAUCAGUGUGAUGCCCAGCUGAAGAGACGAGCCCAGCAGAUCCAAGAGGAGCUGGAGAUGGACAGGCAGAUCCUAUCAGCCCUCCUGGAGAAGGAGGACGAGGAGCAGCGCCGCCGUUGCGCGCAGCGGGAGCGAGCGGUCGCCGACGUGGCCUGGAUGAAAAAGGUCAUCGAGGAGCAGCUCCAGCUAGAAAAGCAGAGGGAGGCAGAGCUGCAGACUAUUUUCAGAGAAGAAGCUCAAAAAAUGUGGGAGAAGAGGGAAGAGGAAUGGGAAAGGGAGAAGGUGGCCAGAGAUCGCCUGAUGAAUGAGGUCCUGGCAGGCAGGCAGCGCCAGAUCCAGGAGAAGAUGGCCCUGAACAGGCAAGCCCAGGAGGAGUCUAUAAAGUAUCGAGAGCAGCUCAUUCAGGAGCUGGAGGAGGCAAAAGAGCUGGCAAAGAGGGAGAAGGAGCAGGAGGAGAAGCUGAAGAGAGCCCACAGGCAGGAGCUGGAGACACAGGUGGCAGAGCGUCGCAGGCAAAAGCAGGAGGAGCAGCAGCACCAGCAGGAGGAGGCAGAGCAGAGCUCAGCCUGGCAGCAGGACAGGGAGCUGGCACGACACAAGCAUGGGUACAACAGCAGGGUAGGUAGCAGGGGCUGCUGUGGGCACAGGUCACCCUGAAA